AUGACCUCGAAGAUGUCCGGAACCAGGUCUCUCGCCCCUCCACUCGUCACCAUGCGGCAGCGGGAUAUUCAUGCCUGGGUCUACAAACCCUUGCGUACCACCCGAUGGACGAUCACCGCUUUCAUCUUUAUCCUGCUUGUGUUCAUCGGCGUUCCCUUCGGCUGUACACUGGCGUUCCUUUCUACUCAGCGAAGUCUGCCUGUUGCGUGGGCCAUCCUGGUGGCCUUUAGCGCCACUCUCCUGGCGCUGUUAAGCCUCCUAUGGACGUUGAGAUGGUGGCAUCAGACUCGUCCUCUUCUGCCUAAGUUUCCCAUCAACCAAAAUGGGUGUUGUUCGGAUGUCCCCGAUUCCGAUCUCCCGGGUGCUCUCGAAAGUAAUGCCGCAGACACACCCGCCAAGAACCGAUUCUUCACCACCUGGAUCUCGUACCAGAUCGUCCGCGUGGCGGAUAUGGUUUUCGGACACGGGGUGCCUCCUCAUUUGAUUUCCUGCACACCUUUCGACGAGCUCGCCGUCGACCAGCAAAGCGGCUCCAAUGUCUAUGCCGGGACGUCACUCGGAGAGUUUACAACAGCCAUGAUACCUCACCGACCACACACUCUCGCCCCGACACAAGAGCGCGGAAGGACUGGGACGAGCAACGUCGACACAACGAUGUUAACCACGUUCCCCUCAAUCGCCAACAGGGCACCAUACGCAGACACCUAG